CGUAGCAGUCUGAAGGAGCCAUUUUGUUUAGAGCGUUGUGAUACGGAGGGUAGUUCGCGCAUGCGCGGUGCGGCGUAAACACCGUAUUACGGGCAGUAAUCGUACGCCAGUCGCCGCGGGUGGUCGUUUCGCAUUGUUUCGGAUCGUGUGUGCCGUGUGCAUUGUCAAACUGUGGAUUUUUCCUGUGAUUUUUAAGAUGAGGGCGCCGUGACCACGGACGGGCUGCUCAGCGCCCUGGCCCGCCUGCGUCGCACCCCUCACCCCCACCCGUCCCCUAACCCCGCACGUACCGCGGAUGGGCGUCACCAAUCUCCCAAAAUCCAGUCGCCUCGACCCUCCCCUGAACGCGCCGCAGGUGCCGACGAGAGCAUGACAGUGGCACGCGGCGAUGGCUCCCCGGAGCGACUCGGAGGCGCGUUACGCCGGCUACACUAUAAGGCCACUAGGCGGGCGCACUCUGUCGGGCGACACCAUACAAACACGCCACCCAAGGUGGUCGUCAUGGGCAGCAGCACGACCUCAGACAAGACCAUCAACACGAGCACCGACUCGGCGGCGACGGCGCUCACCUCCGUCACCGGCACUGAUGACUCCAUGGACGCGGAGCCCGAGGGCGCCACCAACCUCAUCGACUGUCCGCACAUACACCCCACAACGCAGGAACCUCCCAGCACAGCCCCUCCCCACUACCACAGAGCGCAAGACAGCUCAGAAAUAGACUCCCCAUCCUACACCAAGCCGCAGUCGGCCACAGACAUAUUAGACUCCCCACGGCCCGGCCCGGCGCGCUUCGUUUUCGACGUGCCAUUGCCAGAACCGAAAAAAGAAGAGCGAAAGCCAAGACCAGAAAAAAGAAACAAGACCACAGUCCAAGAAACGGCGCCUUCAGCUUCCAUACAAAUCCCCUACGACUCCAAAACGGAGACGCCAAAAAGCCCAAAAAUCAAUCACACGAAAUACGAAUCGCAUUUCAAAUUUGAGCCAGAAAAAAGGAGGGCCAGUGAGAAAUUUGAGGCAGACAAAAGGAGGGUCAGUGAGAAAUUUGAGGCAGACAAAAGGAGGGUCAGUGAGAAAUUUGAGGCAGACAAAAGAAGGGGGAGCGAGAAAUUUGAGCCGGAGAAAAGGAGGGGGAGUGAAGCGAGGAAGAAGAAGGAUAAGGAGUAUUAUAAGGAUGAUGUGGCGAAGUUGAGGAGGCAGUUGGAGGGGACGGAGGUGUUCACGGCGGCCAGGAGGAGAUCCUCGACGCAUCAGCAUUCGGUGCCGCCGCCGUCUUCGAGGAGGCAGUCUACAGCGGCCCAAGUCCACGUGACAGCCAACCCUUUAGACGCCGCCAGCUCCAUGGCCCCCGGCCGCACAACCAUCGUGGUGCAGCAGCCAUCUCUUUCCCUCGACUACGGCGGCUGCGCGACCAUCCUCGUGCGGGACGGAGACGACUGCAGGCGCAAGAGCCGCGUCUGCAGCGACCACAUACAGCAACUGCUUGAUGUGACGAGCCACUUCACCAGUGAAGACGUGGACGAGUUUGACAAGAGAUACGGCAGUCCGCACCAUGCCCGGUCACAGUCGGUCAAGGCAGCGAGAUCGCGGACGGGCGAGCGUCAACUACUGGGGCUGCCCCAGCAAAGGGCACGAGUGGCGUCUAUGCCCAAUACUGGGGUCGAGGAGGAGUACUAUAGACUGAGGCAUUUUAGUAUAACUGGUAAAGGCGUCGUAAAUCGGGGGGACUCUCUCCGGUCGAGAAGAUCGCGGUCCAACACUUCCGUGGCCUCAAGCGCGUCGAGCACGGAGGCCGUUAAUCGGGCGUCUGCACCUUGUUCUUUACCUUCUUCGAGGGAUUCCUCAGCGGGUCUCAGCUCUUAUCGGGUAUUGGUGCUCGGAGCGCCGGGGGUUGGGAAAUCAAGCCUUGUGGGUCAAUUUAUGACGUCAGAGUACCUACACGCGUACGACACUAGUAUAGACGACGAAUCUGGCGAGAGGUCGGUCUGCGUGCUUCUAGCUGGUGAGGAGUCGGAGAUCACCUUCAUGGACGCGCCCGCCGAUCAGCUAGUGACGGACGGCUGCGCCCAUGGGUACUGCGUAGUCUAUUCUACAGCCGAUCGCGGUAGCUUUGCCGAAGCCGAGCGAAGGCUGCAAGGACUAUGGGCGGCAGGUCAUACAAACCGGCGAGCCGUCAUACUAGUGGGCAACAAGGCUGAUUUGGCGCGGUCGAGAGCUGUCAACACGGAUGAGGGCAAAUCGCUCGCGACCUCAUACGAGUGCAAGUUCAUCGAGACCUCCGUCGGGAUCAACCACAAUGUGGACGAGCUGCUGGUGGGCUUGCUGACGCAGAUACGACUGAAACAGCAACACGCCGAGCGAGUUAGAAAACGCAGCAGUACGCGCAAGAAUCGCGGACGCGCGCGCUCCCCCCAGAACGAUGUUACGGCGCCCGCGCCGCCGCAGUCCGUCUCCGCCGCCAGUACGCCGAGAAAACGCACGCGGCUAUCUGCUAGCGUUAAGGUGCGAGGCCUCCUAGGCCGCGUGUGGGCCCGGGACUCCAAGUCCAAGUCCUGCGAGAACCUGCACGUGCUCUAGCACUCGGCCGCCGACCCCAUCACCUGCUUCCCGUUCUUCGACUGCGCCACUAGCUACGCUUAGAAUUCUACAAACCUCGACAGUGUUG